GGCGGCGGUCCCACGACGACGCCGGACCUUCCCAGCCCCCACUCGCCUUCGCACGGGGCACCGACGGACCCCGGCGUACCUUACACGACGUUAACCGGUAGUCAAGGAAUGCCCAGUAACGGGCAUCAUCACGGUGCCGGAGGUGGAAUGAUCGGGGAACACCCUCAUCAUCCCGGACAUCCUCACCCUCAUCAUCCAGGUCAUCCCGCGUACGCGCCCGUCAACCAUAACAACAACUGCACGCUGAAGCAAGAAGAAGGUCCCGGAGGACCGACGAGUAUACAGCAAUGUGCGGGGUGUGGUGGUCGCAUAGUGGAACGGUGGCUCCUGCUCGCUCUGGACCGUUACUGGCACAACGGAUGCCUAAAAUGUACCUGUUGCGGUGCAGCGUUGGCUGAGAUCGGCCGCAGCUGUUUCACGAAGGGCAAUAUGAUCCUCUGCAAGAAUGACUACACUCGACUCUUCGGAAGCACCGGGGCCUGUGCCGGAUGUUCGCAAACGAUACCGGCCAGUGACUACGUCAUGAGAGCCGGCGGCGCGGUCUUUCACCAGAAAUGUUUCACCUGCAGUAAAUGCGGAACGCAGCUUUUCUCCGGUGACAGAUACGGCCUCGGUCUGUCCGGAGCGCCGGUGUGCGAAACGGAUUGGCACAAAAUGGUGAAAUCGGCCGGGGUAGGCGCCAGCGGUAACGGCGGCGCCCCGGUGAGGAAAGGAAAAGUUGGGAGGCCGAGAAGAAGCAGAGACUGAGCCGCCAACCCGGUCGGUCGCCCUAAGAAGGUCCAAGCCUCAGUCCAGCCGACACCUACCUCAUCGUCGACGGUUGUACAGCCCCUACAGCACCAGGUAGACGUUGUUGACGUAGGCGUCGGAGUCGGGGGUGAGACCUACUCUCCGCCACCGCCGGGUCCUCAGAACAACUUUGGUCAACAUAAUCACCAGCACCAUCAUCAGCACCUUCAGCACCAGCUUCAACAGCAGCAGCAGCAGCAACAGCAGCAGCAUCACCACCAUCACCACCACCAUCACCAAAUGAUUGUCCCGCUUCAUCAUCACCCGGGUAUUUCGGGUGCCCAGCAUCAUCAUCACGCGACUUAUCGGGAAUGGAGCCAUUGGUCCGAGCCCUGUGACUGAAGACGUCGUUAAUUUUAUUUAAUCAAACUGAACCGUUCAAUGGUGCAAAGGUAUAUUGCGUAUACAUUUUUUUUUUUCCGUUUCGUUUUGUCUUGAUUUUUUUUUUUUAUUUUUUGUUUGUAUCACUUUUUAAAUCAACAUUCAUUUUGAAAUUUUCCCAUUUCGCUUUUCUUCUUUUUUUCUGUCAAACCCCCGUCCCUCCGUUUUCGAUCCUAUUUUAAAACGUAUCGUAAGAAACCAAAGUGAAAUUAUGCAGUGACACCAGUGAUCACGAACUGAUAUUUUUCCGUUAUAUAUCGCAACGUCGUGAUCGUUUAUAUGGUGCGUGAGAAGAGGGGAAGAAAGAAAGAGAAAAAAAAUUGGAGAAAACUGUUCAAUUUUGUGUUUCUCUCUCUUUUCCUAACUUUAGAAACUACAAUACAAAAAAUAAAUGAGUUUUGUUGACUUCUCCUUGUUUCCGAAGGUGUUUUCAACCUGUUUUGAAUGGAAUUUUCGUUUGAUCGCGAUCACCACAUAACCGUGUGCAAAAGAGAAGGUGAGAGUUAGUGUGAGAGAGAGAGAGAGAAAGAGAGAGAGAGAGAGAGCAAGAGAAAAUUCGUCAUUUACAUGUUGCAUGCACAUCUUUUUCGAAUCUCGCCGAUUCAUUAUUAUAAUUUCACUCAUAUACUUACCUACUGCGAUUAACAGUCAAAGACGUAAAAAUAAAGUUUAAUACAUAGAUAAAUCAAUCAAUCAGUCAAUCAAUCAAUCAAUCAGUAAAUUAAUCAAUUAAUGACGUCACUGUGAAAAAAUAAACGUGCGUCAAGAAUCCUGAGUACCGUAUAAGUUGUGUCGUGAUUAUUUGCGGUAUCGCGCAGGAAUGAUUUGUCACACAAUUUCUCUAUAACCGCGCGAACGAAAAGUUAUCAUCGUUCGCUGCGUAUUAAAUGCAAAGGUAGGUUACUAAAUAGUCUAAAAAAAAAAAGACAAGCAAACAGGCAAAAAAAAAAAAAAAAAACAAA